CAGUAUAGUGCGGGACUUUCUCGAGGCAUAAUGCCACUCCAACGUUUAAAACUACUCAUUAAAAAGUACAAACAUAUGCUAUAUUUUUGUAAUGAAAAUUAAAAAAAAAGUUUGAAGUAAAAGUGGGAAAGUGUAUUAAAAUGUGUUACAAGUAAUUGUUGUGAUACAUCGGAAUUUCGCUGACAUAUUUGUUUGAAACUUUCACUAACUUAGCACGUGGUUUUGGCUUACUUUCUGUCAUGUACGGAAAAACUUGAAAACUUGCUUUUGCCUCUUGUAAUAUAUAAUUACUAUAAAAAGGAAUGAAGAUUUGGGGACUGAAUUUCGCCCCGCUGAAUGUUCCUCUCAGUAGAAGAUUACAGACCCUCGCAGCGGCUGCCUGGAUUGUUAGUUUUGCGUUUGGACCUAUAAUUGGCUAUGUGCUUGCAGCAAUCAUCCUAUUGUUCAUUCCAUGGCUCCGACUUCCUCUUUUAAUAUAUUUUUUCUUCAUGUACUGUGACCGAAACUCGUGCAUUGAAGGUGGUAGAAGCUCAAAAUAUACAAAAUGGAUGAGAAAUUGUGCCUGGUGGCAUUAUUUUAGAGAUUUCUUCCCUAUAAAGUUAGUGAAAACGACGGAUCUAGACCCCUCAAGAAAUUAUCUUUUCUGCUCCUUUCCUCAUGGAGUGCUCUCCACUGGAGCAUUUUGUGCAUUUGGGACCGACACUCUAAAUUGUCAAGAUCUUUUUCCGGGUCUUGAUUUUAGGCUACUCACAUUGGAGCAGCAUUUCAAAGUGCCGAUCAUGAGAGAAUUACCAGCAAGUUUUGGAUGCUGCAGUGCAAGUGCAGCUAGUUUAGAAUAUUUACUCUCUAAUAAGCCAGAGAAGCUUCCAGGGAUAAAUCCCAAUCAAAAACAAGGUACAGCAGCUGUUCUCGUUGUUGGUGGUGCAACAGAAGCUCUGCUUUGCAAACCAGGAACAUACCGAAUUGUUCUCAAAAGAAGAAAGGGCUUCAUAAAAUUAGCUUUAAAAUAUGGGACACCUUUGGUCCCAGUCAUAUCAUUUGGGGAGACGGAUUUAUACGAUCAAGUAAAUAAUCCUGAAGGAUCUCUCGUGAGGAAAUUCCAGGAUAAGUGGCAAAAAAUAACGGGAAUUGCUCCUGUUUUAGCAAUAGGGAGAGGUCUUUUUCAAUACACGUUUGGAAUUGUUCCACAUCGUAAACCCCUUGUAGUAGUUGUGGGUUCUCCAGUUGAAAUCCCUGUGAUAAAAACUCCAACCCAGGAGCAAAUUGACGAUUACCAUGAAAAAUUCACGAAUCAAUUAAUCACCUUGUUUGAAAGUGAAAAGUCUAAAUAUAUAAAAAAUUAUGAAAGUAUUUCUUUGACGUUCGAGUGAGAUUAUAAUUUUAAGAUAAGGGAUAAGAAAUUUAGAAAAUUAUUGUAUUGCCAUUUUAAAAUUGUAAUGGUCUUUUUGACGAAGUUUAUUGUUACCUGUUUAUAUUGAAAUAUACAACUGAGUAUGCAAAUUUCAUUGGAAGGGAAUGGAACAAAAACGUUACGUUUUUAAAACCUUUUUAAACGCAAGUAACUUUGAAAAUUAAGAGAAAAUCUAGCAAAUGUUAAGUGCUUCUUCUCUUCAAGGGAGAAAAUCAUGACCUAGUAUUUUAUAUUAUAUAUAAAAGUCUAAAAACCUAAUUUCUAUCCUAUAAUUAGAGAACAAUAUGCUUUCAGUGCACGAGAAUUUAAUCUUUUCAUGUAAGGAAAUUAUUCAUAUAGAGAGCAUUUUUCAGUUUGGAAUUAACUGUAAGUAGUAUUUUUUCCUUAGUUACAAAAAUCCGUGGAUCAUUAAUGCUACCACAAUAGCAAUUAUCAUCGUAGCUACAGACCAAAAAGUUCUUUGUAUUAUCUGGAAAAAAGAGAAAAUGUAGUUUAUAUUUUAAAAUAAUAUUUUUAAUAAUUCCGCUA